GGCGAUUUUGUGCUUGUAGCGAGUAGCAGCAGGGAGAGCUCUGCUAGCUUAGCACUCGGCGGGGCGUUGCUAAAAUGAUUGCUAGACAGGCCCGAAGGGGGAAGAACGGGAAAAAUAAGCUAGUCUCCUACUAGCCUGCUACGGAACACGUCCUAGCACCGACCGGCGAGCCCCAUGGCCCAUGGGAUGGCCCUUCGCCCAUGGAUUGAUGGUGUGUUGAGUGUAGCGCGGGAUGGGUUCAAAUACCAGCUGCUUUCCCUCCCAUCUGCCCUCUUUUUUUCUCUCUCACCUCCUACCACUCUCAUCCCCAUCCUCCCCUGGUGACCAGUCGACGGCGCAGUGAGCUUUCAGCAAUCUCCCCUCCCUUCUGAGUGUGUGUAGUGUGAGUAUCGUCAACCCCCCGCCGCAAUGGCAGCAACAGAUCACCUUGGUGGCCUCAAUGGCGACAGCGAGAAAGAUGGUCAAUUCGCUCGCGGAACGCUGCAGAUGAACGACAACAACCUCGAUUCCGAGUACGGCGGUCUCGUGCGAUACAUCUCGCAGUACAAAGACGGUCGCCAACCCUCAAUCAUCUCCUCAAUCGCCGAUGAGAAGCCCAAGAAGAAGUACUUUUGGUCUUCUUCCAAGGGCGACCACGAGGCCGGUGUCUAUGAGACGCCGGACGACUGGCUCAUCACCGACUGGAAGGUCGGUCUAAGUGCGGCCGCUGUUGAACAGCGCCGAAGAAAAACUGGAUGGAAUGAAUUGACCUCGGAAGAGGCCAAUCUGUUUUUGCAAUUCUUGGGUUAUUUUAAGGGCCCAAUUCUCUAUGGUAAGCUAUGCUAUGCGACGCCCACCAGCGCAAUUCCAAGCAUGGACUAACACUACAUAGUUAUGGAACUGGCUGUUCUCCUCGCUGCAGGUCUCCGUGAUUGGGUCGAUCUUGGAGUGAUCGUUGGUAUCCUGAUGUUGAACGCUAUUGUUGGUUGGUACCAAGAAAAGCAAGCCGCUGAUGUCGUCGCCUCAUUGAAGGGUGACAUUGCUCUCAAGUGUUUGGUUGUUCGCGAUGGCGCUGAACAAGAAAUCCCUGCCCGUGAACUUGUCCCUGGUGAUAUCGUAAGUCAUUUCCCUCAAUGUCACUCAUAGGCGAUUCCUCGCUAACCCUGACCAGAUCAUCAUCGAGGAUGGAACUGUCGUCCCUGCCGAUUGCCGAAUUAUCUCUGCUUACGACAACCCCAACGGUUACCAAGAGUACCUCGCUGAACUCGAGGUACAACGUGGUGAAACCGAAGUUUUGGAAGAGGACGAAGAUGACCAUGGUGGAAAGCAUGGCUCCGGAUACGCUCUUCUCGCUAUUGAUCAAUCUGCCAUGACCGGAGAGUCCCUCGCUGUCGACAAGUACGUCGCAGACCCAGUCUACUACACAACCGGUUGCAAGCGUGGAAAGGCAUAUGCUUUGGUUACCCACUCCGCCAAAAUGUCCUUCGUCGGUCGCACUGCUUCUUUGGUUACUGGAGCCCAAGAUCAAGGUCACUUCAAAGCCAUCAUGAACUCUAUCGGCACAGCGCUCUUGGUCUUGGUCGUCUUUUGGAUUCUCAUUGCCUGGAUUGGUGGUUUCUUCCAUCACUUGAAGAUUGCCACUCCCGAGCACAGCUCUGUCAACUUACUCCACUACGCCCUCAUUCUCCUGAUCGUCGGUGUCCCCGUCGGUCUUCCCGUCGUUACCACUACUACCCUCGCUGUCGGUGCCGCCUACCUCGCCAAAGAAAAGGCCAUCGUACAAAAAUUGACUGCUAUUGAAUCCCUCGCCGUAAGUCACGCCAUUCCCUUUUCCUUUUUUCGCACGCAGGAGGAUCCAUACUGCGCAAUUUCAUUGGCCAAUGAAAUUUGGUGAAUGGAAGCGAGUUCUGUUAUCAUUUACCCCGCGCGCAACUUAACCCCCCGUUUUGAGACAUAGUUGGAGCUAGACUACUCGUGUCAUUUACAUACAUUGUCCGAUCAAAUGCUAACAAUGAAUUCCAGGGUGUUGACGUUCUCUGCUCCGAUAAGACUGGUACACUCACAGCCAAUCAACUUUCCAUCCGGGAACCUUUCGUUGCCGAGGGUGUCGAUGUCAACUGGAUGAUGGCCGUCGCUGCCUUGGCCUCUUCCCACAACGUCAAGUCCUUGGAUCCUAUCGACAAAGUCACCAUUCUCACUCUCAAGCGUUACCCAAAGGCAAAGGAGAUUCUCGGUCUCGGCUGGAAAACCAUCUCUUACACUCCUUUCGACCCUGUCUCCAAGCGUAUCACCACUGUCUGUAUCAAGGAUGGUGUCACUUUCACUUGCUGCAAGGGUGCCCCUAAAGCCAUCCUGAACAUGUCUCAAUGCUCCAAGGAAAUUGGUGAUAUGUACCGAGCCAAGACUACCGAAUUCGCCAGACGUGGUUUCCGUUCUCUCGGUGUCGCUGUCAAGGAAGGUAACGGAGAAUGGCAAUUGCUUGGAAUGUUGCCUAUGUUCGACCCUCCUCGUGAUGAUACCGCUGCCACUAUCGCUGAAGCCCAAGUUCUCGGUCUUUCCGUCAAGAUGCUUACUGGUGAUGCCAUUGCUAUCGCUAAGGAAACUUGCAAGAUGCUUGCCCUCGGUACCAAGGUUUACAACUCUGACCGUCUCAUCCACGGUGGUCUUACUGGAUCUACUGCACACGACCUUGUUGAGAAGGCUGAUGGUUUCGCUGAGGUUUUCCCUGAGCACAAGUACCAAGUCGUCGAGAUGUUGCAAGAACGUGGACAUCUUACUGCCAUGACUGGUGACGGUGUCAACGAUGCUCCUUCUCUCAAGAAAUCUGACUGUGGUAUUGCCGUCGAAGGUGCCACUGAAGCCGCCCAAGCUGCCGCCGAUAUUGUCUUCCUCGCCCCUGGUCUUAACACCAUUGUCUCUGCCAUCAAGAUCGCUCGUCAAAUCUUCCAACGUAUGAAGGCAUACAUUCAAUACCGUAUCGCUCUCUGUCUCCAUCUCGAAAUCUACCUCGUCACCUCCAUGGUUAUCAUCAACGAGACCAUCCGUGUCGACCUCAUCGUCUUCCUCGCCUUGUUCGCCGAUUUGGCCACCAUUGCCGUAGCCUACGACAACGCCCACUACGAACAACGUCCCGUUGAAUGGCAACUUCCCAAAAUCUGGAUCAUUUCCGUCAUCCUCGGUAUACUUCUUGCCAUCGGUACCUGGGUUCUACGUGGUGCAAUCUUCAUGCCAGAGGGUGGUAUCAUUCAACUCUACGGUAGUAUCCAGGGUAUGCUUUUCUUGCAAGUAUCCCUCACUGAGAACUGGCUCAUUUUCGUCACUCGUGGUUCCCGCACCUGGCCAUCGUGGCAAUUGGUUAUCGCCAUCUUUCUGGUCGACGUCCUCUCCACCCUCUUCUGUGUCUUCGGUUGGCUUUGUGGUGGCGAGGGUGAGCCAUCCAGCCCAGCAACUCAAAACGUCCGCUUGUCCGUCAACGGUGAUACCGAUAUCAUUACCGUCGUUGUUGUCUGGUGUUACUCCAUUGGUGUUACCAUUGUCAUUGCCAUCGUCUACUUCCUUUUGGAGAAGAUGACUUGGCUCGACAACCUUGGACGUGCCAAGCGCAACCUUGCCGACACCAAGAUGGAGAACAUCAUUGGUCACAUGUCUAAGCUUGCUCUUCAACACGAGAGAGAUGAGGCUGGCAACGACAGAUGGGGUAUUGUCACCCGUGCUGUUGAGACUGAAGAUGAUUAUUAGAGAGAUCUAUCAGUUUUCUGAUUUGUUUUACCACGGCAGUAUAUAUAUAUAUACUAGACAACACCUAGAAUGCAUGUCUAGUGGCGUUUUGAUUUCUAUUGGUUUUACGAGGAUAUGGUGGCGUAAUGUGUGAUGCGUUCUGACUUUAUCUGUCUCCCUCUCCACCUUCCUGGGCUCUUGGAUGGUUUUUUGGACGAGUGGAAAUUUCCCUUUUCAUGUACAUGUUGAGGACAGAAUUUUCUUGGUCCUUGUUUUGGUUUGCUUGCCAUUGUAAUUUGUUAGACUUAGUUUUUACAUUGUUGGAUACGACAGAUGGGGUCUGUGGGAUGAUAGAUGAUGCAGAGGAUGAUAGAAUCGGUUUGGUCGUGAUACCAUGAAAAGCCUUGGCUAUAUAGUUCUUACUAGGAUAGCAGAAAAUUUUCUUAUGUUUACCAAUUAAUUAUGCCUUUCCUC